GUCGGAAGUCAGCAGUCAUCCCUGUGCUGCGUCCCCAGUCUCUGGUCAUCCCCGUGCUGUGUCCCCAGUCUCUGGUCAUCCCCGUGCUGUGUCCCCAGUCUCUGGUCAUCCCCGUGCUGUGUCCCCAGUCUCUGGUCAUCCCCGUGCUGUGUGUCCCAGUCUCUGGUCAUCCCCGUGCUGUGUCCCCAGUCUCUGGUCAUCCCCGUGCUGUGUCCCCCAGUCUCUGGUCAUCCCCCCGUGCUGUGUCCCCAGUCUCUGGUCAUCCCCCGUGCUGUGUCCCCAGUCUCUGGUCAUCCCCGUGCUGUGUCCCCAGUCUCUGGUCAUCCCCGUGCUGUGUCCCCAGUCUCUGGUCAUCCCCGUGCUGUGUCCCCAGUCUCUGGUCAUCCCCGUGCUGUGUCCCCAGUCUCUGGUCAUCCCCGUGCUGUGUCCCCAGUCUCUGGUCAUCCCCGUGCUGUGUCCCCAGUCUCUGGUCAUCCCCGUGCUGUGUCCCCAGUCUCUGGUCAUCCCCGUGCUGUGUCCCCAGUCUCUGGUCAUCCCCGUGCUGUGUCCCCAGUCUCUGGUCAUCCC